CGUGGCGAGCUAGGACGGUUUCAUUCGGAUUUUCAGCUCGCGCCCGAUUCAACUUUUUAUCGGCUAUGAUAAGUGCUUUUUGUAAAUAAAUGCGUGUUAUUUUUUCUGUGUUGUGAUGUGUUUUAGUGUUAGUGUGAAUAAAUGAAAGACAUACAGUGAGGUUAAUUAACGAAAACACUCGGCGUAAUUGGAAACUGGUCCAGCUAAGUGUUUUAUAAUUAGUUACUUAAAGUUAAAUAGUGUAUAAGUGAGUUUAUAUAAGUCAAAUUAUAAAUUAUAUAAGUGAAUUCUAUUUAUAACGUGAAAUUAUAAAAAAAUAUAAAACGUAUUUUGAUAAAUAAAUUUAGAAAAAUUUGAAAAUGGAAUCGCGUAAAACAAAAGAUAAGUUGACGGUUAAAUGGAAGUUUAAGUGUUAAAUUCGGGACCAAAAUAUUUAAAAAUCCGAAUUUAAUUUUGGAAUUAGAAUUGGAAAGUUGAAUUUGUAAAAUUAAAUAUGGAGAAAAAUAAUGAGCCUUCGCCGUCGACUACGCCCAAGGCGCCCUCUCCGCCUCCUCCGGGCCAUACGCCUAGUAAAAUGGAGAGGAGGAUGUCACACUUCAAGGAAUACAAGUUCUUCAGGAGUUUCAGCGCGAAAGUCGAGAACUGGCCCAUGAGGAAAGCUGAACAACUAUGGAGGAAGAUGCGAGAACGAAAAAUUGCAGAGAUCGAAGCGGCAGAAGCAUGCAAAUGGCUAAGGGCUGCCGGCUUCCCGCAGUACGCGCAGAUGUACGAAGAUCUCCAGUUUCCAAUAGACGUAUCAGGCGUUCAGAACGACCACCCGUUCCUGGACGCAGACUCCCUCCAGUCGCUGUUCAGACGUCUCACAGCCCUCAACAGAUGCGCCAACAUGAAGCUGGAACACCAUCAUCAUCAGAAGAGAUCGAACGACUCUGACGAUGAGCAAUGCGCGCUGAGCGACAAAUGGCAGUACGAGAGGAAGUCGCGGCGAUGGUCCAGGGUGGUGGAGAUCACACCGCAAGCACAGAGGCGGUUACAGGUGAUAGCAGCUCGAGCAUUAGCAGAAAGAGAAGCAAGAGAAGCGAGGGGAGAAGUAGAAGACGAUGAAGAUGAAACUCUACCCACGAUAAGAGUGGGGCUUGUAGAUCCAGAGGGAAACUAUACUGAUGUUGAACCAGAUCUACUAACAGUACCAGGCCAAACAAUGAUUCAGUUACCAAGUGACAAGGAAGAUGAGGAGGAAACCGGCACUCGGUUCCGAAGAACUGGCUCCGAGAGACUACGGGACGGCGCCAAAGCCUUACUCCGAAGAGUAGAAUCCCUCAAAACGAGAAGAAGAAAACGUCAGAACCGGACAGAAGUCAUCGUAUCUUCUCCCCACUUUCUGGACGUGCAGCAGGAUAAAUAUGCUGACCUGAGCUACAUUGACAUGACUCCUACUACACCAACUGCCUUCCCUUUCCCUGACUUCCAUAGUUCUCCUGUCCACGCUCCAGCCAUCAGAACCCAGCCACCAUCACCCAUGACAGUCAUGCCACCUUCCCCCAUAGCUCCUCUAGAGCAAUCCUUUGUCCUCAACGCGCCUUUUGGUGACGACAGUUCCAGUUAUGCCUCUGAUGGUAGUAUGGGGUCAAGUAAUAAGAGUUCUAAGUCCAAAUUAGGGAGGGCUAAGAGGAUCUUCCAUAGAGGGAUUAAGAAUGAUGACUCCAGUGCGCUUAGUGAUUCUGAGUGCCAACCGGCCAGUUGGAGACAUAAUUACUAUAAGGAUCAUAAUACUCAUCAGAAUACUGAGGUCUACGUUGAGCCUCCGUCUCCAGUGGAACUGAAGCCAGAUCCUGAAAUACUCAGAGAAGUCCAGAAGUCACCAGGUCAUACACACCAUCGACGACAGGCUAUAAGGACCAGCUCGCUCAAUUUAGGGAACGAUGGGAAAAAGUUUCGUGAUAGAAGUCUGAAGAGAGAUAAGUCGGCAUCCAGGAGUUCUGAGCUGGACAGCAGCCCCAACUCGGCAGGGUCCAGGUCUCAUGAUGGUGACCAGGAUGAUGAUGAUGACAGUCUUGAUAUUAAGAGCAAGAAAAACAACAUUCAGCGAUGGUAUUCAUUCAGGACGAACGCUCUAAAUGGUGGACCCAAAGCCAAUAAUACUUUGACACCAACACCUAACCAAAAGGACCCGGAUUCGUAUCUAUCUCGACCGAUGUCCUCGCUCUCAUGUGGUCAGCUCCAUAUCCUGAGGAAGCUGGCACUCCUCCGUCUCACAGCCUGCAUGGAACGGUACUGUCCCUCACACAAAUCUGGCUGGAAUUGGGAACUGCCUAAACUGAUUAGGAAGAUCAAGACCCCUGAUUAUAAGGAUAAAACAGUGUUUGGUGUCCCUCUAACCGUGUCACUGCAGAGGACAGGCCACGCGUUACCUAAGCCGAUACAAUGUGCUUUGAAUUGGCUCAAAAGUAACGCUUUAGAUCAGAUGGGAAUAUUCAGGAAAGCUGGAGUGAAAUCAAGGAUUGCAAAACUGCGGACGACGGUAGAGGCAGCUGGGGCAUCAAAUGCGAGUUUUGCUAUAGAAAACAUAAACACUAUAGACCCAAACCAAUCUAGUCUGAAUUUUGAUGGGGCACAAGCACACGAUGUUGCUGAUAUGGUGAAACAGUACUUCAGGGAGCUUCCUGAUGCCUUACUCACUAAUAAGCUGAGUGAGACGUUCAUUGCUAUAUUUCAACAUGUUCCUGAACCACUGAGGCCGGAUGCGGUGCAAUGUGCAUUACUUCUGCUGCCAGAAGAGCAUUUAGAAGCGUUGCAUUCCUUGUUGAUAUUCUUAGCUGAGGUGGCAGAACAUUCAGCGGUAAAUCAGAUGACAGCGUCAAACCUGGCUGUCUGCUUAGCCCCUACGUUGUUGAGGCUGCAUCAUGCGCCACCACAAACUGGUAGCACCAAGGAAGGAAACUCCAACAGAAUGGUUAUCGAGAGCGUAGCAGACCAGAGACAGAUCAGCGAGAGCCGAGCAGCGCAUGCGUGUCUCCUACUCCUCAUUCAGAAACACCAGCAGCUGUUCUUAGCACCAGCUGAUAUGCUGGCCAGGUGCAAGUUCAAUUACUUCGAAGAGAGUGUUCCAGUCGCUCUCGAGGAAUUGGGCGCAGAUUUCAAUCAAGAUUGGAAAGGUUUCCAGCAGGCCUGCAUCAAAGCUUUACUAAAAGAAGCCAAAGAAAAAGUCUGUGGCCGAUCAGGAAAGAGAACACGUGGGUGGAUGUCAGUAUCAGGGGCCGCUCCUCACGUGGAACUGUGUUGUAAGAAAGUUGGAGAUGGACAUCCGUUAAGGUUAUGGAGAGCAACUACAGAUGUAGAAGCGCCGCCACAGGAGGUUAUGCAAAGGAUACUCCGAGAGCGGCACAUUUGGGAUGAUUCAUUGGUUAAAUGGCGCGUCGCUGAGAAGCUCGGUACAAACGCUGAGGUGUUCCAGUACGUCACGGCCUCAAGCAUAAAUCUACCGUCACGAGACUAUUGUGUGUUACGAUCAUGGCAGCAAGGUGGUGGAGGUGGUGGUUGGUGCGCAGUAGCUGAGACGUCAGUAGCACAUGCAUCAGCCCCACCAAGUACCUCACGAGGACCGGGAGGUGCUCCCUCUGUAUCUCGAGGGGUUGUGCUGGCCUCGCGUUACCUCGCACAACCUGCUGGCAAGGGACGCAGCAGACUGGUGCAUCUGGCCAGAGUUGAUACCAUGGGCCGAACGCCAGAAUGGUACAACAAAUGUUACGGUCACAUCUGCGCUCUAUACCUGGCCAGGAUCCGUGCUUCGUUCAAACAUAAUACGGAAGGUCCGGAGUCGAACGUAUGAUCCAAGCAUUCCACUUAAGUCGGCGCCAUAUUGGAACCGACUUAAGUUGACGUGUUAAGACGUCAUUGUAAAUAAGAAAGAUUAAAAAUGGAACUAUAUAAUGGAAUAGAAUGGCUUUUUGCCCAAAUCGUGUUGGAUACUAGCGUAUCUUUAACUCUUUGAAAUAUUUCAAUUGAUAAUUAAAUGGGAUAUUAAUAUAUUUAUGUAGAUAUUAUAUUAUUAUUAUCUGAUAUUGAAGUAUGAGAGAUAAAAUUUCAAGUUUAAUGUAUGAAUACAGAAGAUUUCUUUAUAAUUAUUAGAAUGUUUCAAGUUUCCAAAUUCAGAAUGUAAAGAUACUGUUCUUUCUGUACACACAUUUAAAAAUAUAUAGAUAUACACAAAUCUCUCCUUGUAAUAAAUAAUAAUUAUAUUUCAUAGCGUGUAGUUAUGAUUAUGACAGAUAUUAAAAUAAAUUAUAUUAGGUAAAUGUAGUUACACUGGUGGUAUAAUAUAUAUUUUCUUGUGGAUGUUGAUAAGUGACCAAAAUUAUAAUUAUAGGCAAUAAAAAUUUGGAUCUGAUAUGGUCUUAUAGGUCUAAUGAGAGUAAAGAGAAAUUGUUAUCGCAAUAUAAAUUGUAAAUAUUUGAAUAGCAUCAUAAUAAUUUCUGGUAUAAUUAAAUUUAUCGCAUAAUACAUUAGUGCUUAUUAGGGUUUUUGUUUAAUAUUCUCUACCUACCUCUAUGUUACACAUUAUUUUAGAUCCUUGUCCCGAAAAAGGAACUACCAAAAAGCCUGAUUUAUUUGAAAACUUAGAUAUUAUAAUAAGUUUACCCCGUGGUGCAUUGUAAAUAUAAGAUUAAAUAUUGAAUGUCUUAAAACUCAACAUUAUUAAAUUAUAGUUAUUGAAUAAUUAUAGUUCUCAAGAAAUCUCGUUGAAUGAUGUUUGAAAAAUAAAAUUAUUCUGUUUUACCAUACCCUAUGUAAAGUUAUCGUUACAUAUCACUAGUCAUAUUAAAUAAAUAAAAAGAAUAUUUCAAAUAUAUAACACAUUUUAACCGUACCUGUCCUGUGUUCAGGAACAUAGUAUUAAAUUAUAUUUAGGGACAUUAAUUAUUCAUAUAAUAUGUAUACAUAAUUAUGUAUUCAAUAAUGGAAUAAAAAUAUGUAAUUUUUGAUCGUUGAGAUGUAUCGAAAUGAAUGUUAUAUUGAAUAAUAUUGUUGUAUGUGUAUUGUAAAAAGUCUGAUUGUAAAUAGUUGCAUUGUUAGCUUUGAUAGACAAAUGACCAUCACAAGUUUAAAUGUAUUUAGGAUAAUAAUAGCUAUGUCAAGAUGUGUUUCAUAUACUGCAGUUCAUGUAGAAUUAGAAUUAAAAUAUUUUUAAAGAAUGGGUAUGAUAUUAUUGCGUGACUGUAACGUGUAAGGGAUAAUACCCAAUAUCUUCCUAUAUUUAAUACGUCAUUCAGUAUUGGUAUAAGUAAGAUGACUAACAUUAAGAUGUAGACUAGGGUUUACCCUUUAUGUCGUCAAUCCAAACUAUAACCACAGAGCAAUAUAUGAAACACAUCCCAACACAGCCUUGUAAAAAUAUUUUCCACUAUGGAAAAUGAAUUUGAAGCCAAAUAUCGCAAAAUGAGGAUAUUAAAUCGCUUUUAAAAUAGAUUUAAUGAUAUUUUAAUUAUUAAUUAAUAUGUAAUCUCAAUAUUAUAGUGUUGUUAGUUACCUAUGAUUUCACAAAUUGUUGGUGCAGUUAAUCUAUUGAAUUUUUUUAGAGUGUGAUGUCAAUUCGAGAAACGGUUUGUUAUUUUCUUUUAAAAGGAAGAUUUAGGCUAAGGAAAAUACUUGAUUUAUGUCGGAAUUUGCUUCUGUUAAGUCCUAAUGUGUGCAAACGAGAGAGUCUACAGGUUCCAAUUUCGUCAGAAUGUAAAUCUCUCACGUAAUUGCAAUGUACAGGCACAUUGUUAAGUGCUCAUUACCUAAGAUUAUAUAAAUCAAAUAUUAUUAAAUAAAAUUCGACAUUCAGUUUCUAGAAUUUUCUCCACAUUCAAAGAAUAUUUCGCUCAAAACUAAGAUGUUUAAGUUCCAUUCUUGGUGAGCGAAAGUUCUAUAAUAUACUAGAUUUAAUUCCACUCUAAGCAUCACAUCAUCAAAACAUUGUAAAUAAUGGCCAGUUACGUGUUAAUCUCACAUAAUUAUACCAAUUCCAAAAAAUAAAAUAAAUAAGUAUUUAUCAUACAAUUAGUUUCUGAUAAAAUGCACAUUCAUUCCAUGUUAGAAUUUUUUCCAUUCUGGAAUUCCAGUUACAGAGAAAUUUUAUGGAUUUAUAAAUUCGAAAAAAAAAAUAGAAUGGAAGUGUACCUAAUUAGAAUCAGUCAUUCCAUAAUGUAUCUUAUUACAAAGUUAAACCAAAUAAUGAUAUUAUGAAAAUGGAAUUAUGUCAAAUAAAUGUUAAGAAGAAAAUUAAAUAUUUUGUGAAAGCAAAAAUGGUUUUAGAGCACAAUAUUUUAAUUUUAUGUUUACACAAAGUAAUUAAAAUAAAUAACAGGCAACUAGCAUUUAUUUGACAUAUUUAACUACCAAUAAAAAAUAAAAUAAGUAAGUACUUAUCUAGUUUCUCAAUUUUACCAAUAUUGAUGUUGAAUUGUUCACAGUAUUUUGUCUGUCUAGAAUAAAUAGCACAUUCGAUCCGUAUUUAUUAUUAUUGUGGAUAAAAAAAUAAAUACGUUUCACCAAUUAUAAAGAAAUAUGUAACCGUUUAAUACUCCGUGUCUGUUAUAAUAUGUAAAAUAUAAACUAAUGCAUUGUGAUUUUAUUCUUUAUGAAAAUAUAUGGACCAUUGUAUUGAA